UUCAAAGCUGAGAGAGAAAAAAAAUGGAAGGCAGAGGAGGGUGUUGCAUAGCGAGAUAUGCAGCCGCUGGCCAUGGGGUUUAUGAUAUGUCGAAGGUGAACCGGAUAAUGCUCCGGUUCCGACCGAUCGCUCCCAAACCGGCGACCGGCGGGUCGGUUUCCCCACAGGGAAGCGGUGAGGUUUGUUCUAAGCCAGGGAGGGGGAAAAGAAGACCCUCUAAAGAAAGUAAUAGUAUGAGUAAUAGCAAGAGGUGCAACAAGAAAAGAAGGGUUUUGAACGAGGAAAAAAGGGUUACUUUGCCGCUUCUCCCUGAAACCCCUGACUGCAAAGUGUCUGUUCUGAAUCAGCAAAAGGGUGGAGUGAUACAAAAGACGAUGCCUUUUUGGUUAAGCUUUAGUACCGCUGAUGAUAAAAAGGAGAGUUUCCUCGGUGGUGGUGGUGUUAGGCCAGCGGAGCAGGCGGUGGUGGUGCCACAGCAGAGGCUGAAGGUGGGGUCAUGCGUGACCGUCGAAUGCCUGACGGACACAUGGGUUAGUGGAGAUGUUUUAGGUACAACAGAAGAGGAAAAGAAGGUCAAUCUGGGGAGAGACACGUGUCCCGGGUUUAUAUCAGAUGGUAUGGGGAGGGUGACUUGGACAAACGGGGCGUAUAAAGAAAUGGUCGGAGGAGAAACGAUGGUGUGUCUGGCGAUGAAGGAGAGGCUGCCGUUGAUGAUAACGUACCCGGCGUUUACAUGCAAGGUAAGGGUGCAGUACACAUGCGGGAAAGAGCGAAGCUCCUUGACGCUGCCUUGCGACGUUUGGCGAAUGGACGGUGGUGGCUUUGCAUGGAGGCUGGAUAUCAACGCCGCCCUCUGCUUGGGCAGAUGAAACGAGAACACUUCAAAUGCAUGCAG